UGAACGUUAACGCGUUAACUUUGAGAUUGAGUCUAGACCUUGUCUCUUCUUCUGGUUCAACAAAAAACGUUCAAGUUGCGUUGGUCCUUCGACGACCUUGCGUGCCUUUGACAUGGGUAAAGAGUCGGAUGAUGGAGUCCCUCAAGAAUACCCGUACUUUUGGUCUAAGGGGUCAAGCAUAGAUUUACCAGACUUUCUGACGAAGUAUAAACCGUCCAUGGUCCAGAAUGACGGCACGAAACCAUGGAUAUGGGUCGAGGGAAGUAAACGAAACUCGGAUACAUAUCCAUCUGGUGCAGCUGCGGCCGUCAGUGAAGCUGCAGCUGUCUGUGAAGCUGCAGCGCUGCUGAAGGAAGUGACGCAGAGAAUAGAAGAGAUCAAGAACGAUGAUUCUAUCCCCAUGCGCUCUAGCAAAAAGACAGGAGCAAAGAGCAAGAAGGAAGUUCGUGAGAAGGUACAAGCAGACGCUGCCGAGAAAUUGAAGGAAAUUUCCAUCAAGCACAACUAUGUUUGUGGAAAGUGGUUGAUAUUCGCCUCCGCAGACAAAGUAGACGCGAUAUGGUCCAGGAUUGCUACAUCGCUGGUCUCUGGUGCCCUCGCGUCAACUUGCGCAUUUCUGACGAAAGUGGCAACAUCGCCGGCGAAUGAGACACCACAUCACCAACACCUCAUCUGUCUCUACAUUCCAAAUGUUUACGACAAAGAUUCUGUCACGGAGGUCAUGAAAGUUCUCUUGAGAAACCACGGUGUCAAUCUCAGCGGCGUAAAAUCAGAUCUAUACACAGGAGCAGGUCUUGAUAGCAAACACCCGAGCGGAAUUCCAUCAACAGUUUGGAAAAACACUUCUCUACUCGCUGAUUCCGAGAUUAAGGAUCUCAAAGAUGCAUUUUUCUCUGAGUUGAAUGCUGCUUCAACCCCUGCAGCAAAAUUGGAAGAAAAGAAGGACAAGCCUUCUAUCGCUGCAAAGAAAAGGCCCGUUCCCAAGAAGAAAACACAAGAAGAUGAUCCUUUUGCAUCUGAGGAUGAGGGUGAUGCUCAAGAAGCGGAACGGAAACAAAAGGUACAAGCCAAGGGGAAAUCAAGAAAGAGAUCCCAAUCAAGCGAUAUGGAUGUGGACGAUAUGGAUGUGGACGAUAUGGAUGUGGACGCAGACCAGAGUGACAAACCGAAAACAAAGAGGAUUAAGAGUACACGGUGACUACCCCACUCAUCACAUUGUCGUUGUUUCUUUUUGUGAUCCCAUGUUGACUCCUCUUGUGUAUAUUAUUUGUUGCUUCCUUUGAUUUUCGAACCAGUUCGAACCGCGGGCUAGAAUCGCAUGCAUCAUUUGUCUAUUUCCGUCGCGGUCUCCCGUGACGACAAUCAGGGUGCGCCCUCAGAACUGUGCUGUAUCUUUCCCAUGUUAACUGUGCACGUGUACGGAGUAGAUACGGCGUUACGCACCAUGCAGCGAGCUUCAUAUGAACAUCAGUUACGGCAUGAUUCAUUUGCAUGGCUAGAGCAAACAUACUGCGAUCAAGCUUUAUUCCAAUG